AACCAUUUUCCGAUAAACCCCGGCAAUUGAUAUCCCUCCCACUCCCCAAAUUGCACUACACUUCUCUCCCUCAAAUACACUGCAAAACCUCUAAAUUCUCCAUGAAACCUUGACCUUCUCUCCUAUAUCUCUUACUUCCUCUCACAAAUUCAAAUUUUGCUCUAAAAGACUAGAAUUCUUCACUUACUUAUGUUCCCAACAUGCCCACCUUCUUCAAACUCCAUUGUUACCCCCCUUCAAUCAACCCCACAUCACACUCUCCUCCAUUUCACUCACAACCCCCAUAAACGAAAAUUUCUAACCUCUUCCACCAAAUUUGUAGCAAAUAAUCAAUACCCAUGUCGCUCAGUCCUCCUUUUUAGAAAAAUUUCGUCUGGGGUUUGCUUCUCCAGUAAUUUUGAAGCUUCCCAAGUGAUUAAUUCUAGUGUAAGUUCGAAUAAUUGUGAUAGAAUUGAGGUUAAAGAUGGUUUAUUUAGCAGUAUUUCGAAGUCAAUUGUGUUUACAUUGUUUUGGGUUGUGAUUGGGAUGUGCCCGGUUCGUGGGCUACAACCUAAUGCUAUUGCUUUGCCUGUAAUUAGUGAUUUGAUGUGGGGGAAGAAGGGUAAAAUUGUGAAAGAAGAGCCCACAUUGUUGUCAUGUAAGGAGCACGAGUAUUCGGGGCAUACCCGAAGGUUGUUAGAGAGUGUUUCCGGUGUGAUGAAGGUGAUGAAGGCGGUUAGGGAAGGGGAGAGUGAUGUAACGGAUUUAGAGAUUGCUUUAAAGGGGGUGAAGUUGAAGAAAAAUGAGCUGCAAGGUGAGAUAAUGAGUGGGAUGUAUGCUGAAUUGAAAAUUCUCAAGGGAAAGAAGGAUGGAUUGGUUGAUAAGGCAGACAAGAAACUUAUUGCCGUGAUGAGGGCGAAAAGGGAGCAGGACAAGUUGUUGAUUAAGUUGAAAGAAACUCGCGGGGAUGAGGAGGUGAGAGAGAGAAUAGAUAGGUUGGUGGAGGAGUUGGAUAAGGGUGAGAAGGAUUACAAUGAGUUGCAGAACAAAAUUGGUGAGAUUGAGGAUAAGAUAUCGAGGAGGGAAACGAUGGUGUUUAGCAUCGGUGUGAGGGAGCUUUCGUUUAUCGAAAGGGAGUGUGAGCUCUUGGUGCAGAGAUUUACUCGAGAGAUUAGACAUAAUGCAAGUGUACGUGAAACAUCUGCUGUAGUAUAUUCUAGGAAUGAUAUACAGAAGGGCUUAGAAGCUGCUCAAAGAGAACACUUAAAACAGAUGGUAUUGCCUGAGGUGGUGGAUUUUGAUGAUGCUCUUGGGCCACUCUUUGAUGGAGAGGAAAUGGGCUUUUCACAGCGUGUAAAGAAAGCUCUUAAAGAAUCAAACAAUUUGCAGGCAGAGCUAGAAGCUCGUAUUCGAAAAGAUAUGAGGAAAUAUGGGGAGGAAAAGCGUAUUUUAAUGAAUACACCAGAGGAUGAAAUUGUGAAAGGUUUUCCAGAAGUCGAAUUGAAAUGGAUGUUUGGUAAUAAGGAGGUCGUUGUCCCUAAGGCUGUAAGCAUCCACUUAAAUCAUGGAUGGAAGAGAUGGCGUGAAGAUGAAAAAGCAAAGUUAAAACAAAGUAUAUUGGAGAAUGUUGAUCUUGGUAAACAAUAUGUGUCCAAGAGACAGGAGCGCAUUAUAUUGGAUCGUGACAGAGUGGUGUCGAAGACAUUUUACAACGAGGAGAAAAACAGGUGGGAAAUGGAGCCCAUUGCAGUUCCAUGUGCUGUCUCCAAGAACCUUGUGGAAUAUGCUCGAAUAAGGCACGAUUGGGGUGCCAUGUACAUUGGACUAAAGGGAGAGGAUGAUAAGGAAUUUUAUGUUGACUUAAAGGAAUAUGAACUUCUUUUUGAAGAUCUUGGAGGGUUUGAUGAAUUGUAUCUCAAAAUGCUUGCAUCUGGUGUUCCGACUGCUGUACACCUUAUGUGGAUUCCACUGUCAGAGUUGAAUAUCUCUCAGCAAACUCUUUUGGUGGCAAGACUGUCUCAUCAGUUAUUUAAUGGCAUAUGGAACAACCAAUACAUCUCUCGUGGGAGAGAGUUGCUGUCAGAGCAAAUAAAAUACGUUAAUGAUGACAUAAUGAUGGUGUUUGUGUUUCCGAUUGUGGAGUUCCUAAUACCUUAUCAGUUGAGGGUAAUGAUGGGAAUGGCUUGGCCCGAGGAAUUAGAUCAGGCUAUUGAAUCUACAUGGUACUUGGAAUGGCAAUCUGUGGCAGAGUAUAGUUUCAAAUCAAGAAAAACAGACACUUUUCGGUGGUACUUGUUUUUUCUCAUUAGAAGCGCCAUAUAUGGAUAUAUAUUGUACCAUACAUUCCAAUUUAUGAAGAAAAAGGUCCCUAUAUGGCUUGGCUAUGGGCCUUACCGCCAAGAUCCCAAUAUCCGGAAGCUUCGGAGAUUGAAAGGGUACGUCAAAUAUAAGAGGCAAACGAUAUUAAGUAAAAAGAAAGCUGGGGUUGAUCCAAUCAGAACAGUGUUUGAUAAUAUGAAGAGAGUGAAAAAACCACCAAUAAAACUGAAUGAUUUUGCUAGCAUCGACUCUAUGAGGGAGGAGAUUAAUGAAGUUGUGGCAUUUUUACAAAAUCCAAGUGUAUUCCAGAAGCUGGGAGCUCGUGCACCUCGGGGUGUUCUUAUUGUUGGUGAGAGGGGGACUGGAAAAACCUCUCUGGCAAUGGCUAUUGCUGCAGAAGCCAGGGUGCCUCUUGUUGAGGUCAAAGCACAGCAGUUGGAAGCUGGACUCUGGGUUGGGCAAAGCGCAUCUAAUGUCAGAGAAUUGUUCCAGACAGCAAGAGACUUGGCACCUGUGAUAAUAUUUGUGGAAGAUUUUGACCUGUUUGCUGGUGUCCGUGGGAAGUUCAUCCAUACAAAAAAGCAGGAUCACGAGGCUUUUAUCAAUCAAAUGCUUGUGGAACUUGAUGGGUUUGAAAAACAAGAUGGUGUGGUUGUGAUGGCUACUACAAGAAAUUUGAACAAAAUUGACCAAGCUCUAUGCCGUCCUGGUCGAAUGGAUAGAAUAUUUAAUCUUCAGCGUCCAACUCAAGCAGAAAGAGAGAAGAUAUUGCGUAUUGCAGCAAAAGGAGCAAUGGACCCUGAAGUUAUUGGUUUUGUGGAUUGGAGAAAGGUAGCUGAGAAAACAGCUCUUCUACGCCCUAUUGAGCUGAAACUUGUCCCCAUGGCUUUGGAAGGCAGUGCUUUCAAGAGCAAAUUUCUUGACACAGAUGAGCUGAUGAGCUACUGCAGCUGGUUUGCGACUUUCAGUUCUUUUAUCCCUAACUGGUUGAGGAAAACAACAAUAGGGAGAAAGAUAAGCAGUGUGGCUGUGAACCAUCUGGGACUGACAUUGACAAGAGAAGAUCUGCAAAACGUUGUUGAUCAAAUGGAACCAUAUGGUCAACUUAGCAAUGGAAUUGAAUUCUAUACUCCUCCACUUGAUUGGACAAGGGAGACAAAGUUUCCACAUGCUGUAUGGGCUGCUGGUCGUGGUCUAAUUGCUCUUCUUUUGCCGAACUUUGAUGUUGUUGAUAAUAUAUGGCUUGAGCCCCUUGCCUGGGAGGGAAUUGGAUGUACCAAGAUCACUAAAGCUAAAAAUGAAGGCUCUAUGAACGAGAAUGUAGAAACCAUAUCAUAUCUGGAGAAAAGGCUGGUGUUUUGCUUUGGAUCACAUGUUGCAUCACAGUUGCUACUUCCUUUUGGAGAAGAAAAUUUGCUGUCUGUUUCAGAACUUAAGCAGGCACAGGAGAUAGCCACUAGGAUGGUGAUCCAGUAUGGAUGGGGACCCGAUGAGAGUCCUACAAUUUACUACCAUGGAAAUGCGGCUACCGCUCUAAGCAUGGGGAACAACCAUGAGUUUGAGAUGGCAGCUAAAGUUGAGAAGAUGUACUAUCUGGCAUAUGACAAAGCUUUAGAUAUGCUACAGAAAAAUCGACCAGUGCUGGAAAAAAUUGUUGACGAAUUGCUCGAUUAUGAAAUCUUGACUGGAAAGGAUUUGGACAGAAUUGUUAAAAGUAAUGGUGGAAUUCGAGAGAAUGAACCUUUCUCCCUUUCAAGAGUUUAUGAGAGCGAGUCUGUGUCUAUUAGGUAUCUCGAAGAUGAUGGCAGUGCAUCAGAAACUGCCCUUCUAGGUGCAGCAACUUGAGAGACUGUCAAUGGUGAAUGCUAAUUUUUAGUGGCAGUGACAAAUUGCUGGAAAUCUCUGUAUAUUUACUAAUACAUGUUUUUUUUUGUACGUGACCGGAGAUCAUUUGUACAUACGGAGUGUAUAGCAUGAAAUGACAAAGACACCAUUUUCUUUACUUCUCCUCCCCCAUAAACUGUGUACAGAAAUCGCCUUGAGCUGUUUUGAACUCGAGAAUUUGUAAACAAUUUAAGCUCAUGUUUGCAAAAAUUUUGAUCUUGAAAGCAGGAAGUAAAAAUGCUACAGAGUAUAAAAUGGAGUGUAAUAUCUUCUUCGUUCUA